CAGGCCCGGGCGGAGAUGUGAAAGGUUAGAAACGACAAUGGGGGAAGUUUGUAAAGAGAAGAACACAAACUUAUGGCUUUCAGUCAUUUGGCGAGUCUGCAACGUUUUCAUGUCUUUUUUCUUCGCUCUUGCAGCAUAUGUGCAGAUCAAUGAUCCAGACGCAGGGUUAUGGAUGGCUGGUUAUGCUGUUCCUGCACUCCUGUGUGCAUCGAUUGGCCUGAAACCUCAUGUGACAGAGACUUUGCCCUGGAGGCGUGUUGCUGACCUCCAUGUGAUGAUUUCCAGCGCUGUUGUUGCCAUGUUGGGAUGGACACUUUAUAAGGAGAGGAUCACAGAGAUCUUCCAUCAGGAGGAGGGCAGAGAAUUUUCUGGUCUCCUGCUGACAGUUGUUUGGCUUCUCCUGUGUCGCCACUCUGGAAGGGAUCCAGUCGGGAUGCUCAGAGUCUCAACAGCUGCUGCCAUCACAGUCUUCCCCUUUGUGGCCUGGCUCUACUAUCAUGUCAAUAAGGAGCUGAGAUCCAACUGGCCGUCACACUGUAAAACUGCUAUUUAGAUGUCAGCUCCUGGUCUCUUUUUGGCUGUUUAAAUAUUCCUUUUGUUGUGCACUUUGACUGAAAAUCCUGGACCAAGAAUGCUGCUGAAGUAAACCUUUUUCUAGUAUCAUCAAAUACAAACAUGACAGCUAAGGAGCAUUGACGUGGCGUAAUUAAAUAACAAGAGCAUUAAUUUUUCAUCUAAUGUUUAUCAACAGAUUGUGUUGCAUCAGUAUUACAGGCUCUGUCUUUCUCUUUAAAGUUUAAUUUAAUGUGAUUUUUUUUCUGUUUCUCUGUCAAAUUAAUUACUAUAUGUAAAUUAUGUAAAAUAUAAAA